CUGUAGUGUGUGCCCCCCCGUUUUGUUUUCGGUUGGCAUAAAUACCCCUUGCACUGAAAAGAGAAUCAUUCAAAUUCAGUUGAGCUUCAAAAGUUGGGAAAGUUGUGUCUGUGCUCGUCUAGUAUCACUAUUACUGCUGCACUUAUCUCAACGCAAACUACACGCAACAUUUCAAACAUGGCAUCAAUCAAGAUAAUCAUCAGUAACGUUCUUCUGCUGACUGCACUCCUGAGUUCGAUGGCAAUCGUACAAGUCAACUCCAAAAGCCUUUCCUGUGCAAACAACCCCUUGAUCCCGAUGGACACUCUCUACCCAUCAACGUCAACUCUUGCCAUCCAUCCAAUGGAUGCUUACCCACUGACUGGAGGGGCAGGCCAGGUCGCCACCCCCGUCUGCCCAACCGGUCCCCUCAGAGCCAACGGCGACUCCGCCCUCAGCAAGCGUCAACUCUGUCCGGUCGACUUCGUCACAAACUACGACCAGAACAGGAUACCGGCUAUUUACCAGGAGGCUCGUUGUCUUUGCUCGGGCUGUCUGGACCCUAUGACAGGCCAGGAGUCCUCGCUCUACCGGUGCGAAGAGGUGAAGUACCCGGUGGCCGUACUACGAAAGCGGAGUUCUUGCUCGCAGGGCCUCCAAAUGUACGAGUUGACCCAUGAGGAUGUCACCGUAGGAUGUGCGUGCUCCCAGUUCUUUCUGUAAACUAAAUUGAAACUCUCCUUACACUCGAAUAAAAUUAUGAAGGAUGCAUCAUACUUGUUAUUUAUUUUUUGGCUGGGUUUAUAGAAUUUCCUUCUGACGUUUUUUAUUAUUUAUACGACAUCAACAACACAAUGACGAUUUGACCUGGACCGGCUGAUACAAUAAACAUUGGUUGUGUUUUGGAAAUGAUCUUUGACCAAAUCUUUAAGGCAGUGGACACUAUUGGUAAUUAUUCAAAAUAAUUAUUGUCAUAAAACCUUUCUUGAUUCC